AUGCCUAGUAUUCGAGUCUUGUGCCGGGAUCACCCUGUUCGCACCCUUCUUGUGGUCACAUCUGAAGACGCAUUGAUCUUCCAACAUAGCUUGGGAGAACCAGUGGGCAAUGUUCUGCCAAUCAAUGGCGACACCCAACGUUGUCUGGUGGAAUUUGCCAGCUUAUCAUCUAUAGACUUUACAGGCUAUCGGACUCUAGGGUCUGGCUAUGGCAUCCUUGGGCUUGUUACUAUAGACCAGGAUGUCUUUGUGUGCAUUGUCACGCGUUCUUCCAAGGCUGCCACUGUCAGGCCCGGUGAGACUGUCUUAAGGAUCGAGGAUGUAGAUUUCUAUUGCUUGAAUUGCUCGGAAUAUGAAUCUAGUCUCUAUAACGACAAAGAGUCUUCAAUUGCCACUGGAGAUUCCAACCCGAACGCGGGAAUGACAGAAGACCCUUUCCUAGGUCUCAAAAAGCUCUUGAAUGAUGGGAGUUUUUACUACAGCCUUGACUUCAACCUUACAGAUCGGCUACAAGACCGUUCAGACAAAUCGGCAGCUUUUGACAUUGAUUCCCUUGACAAAGAUGUGUUGUGGAACGCAUACAUGAUUCAACCACUUCUUAUUUUCAGGUCUCACUUAUCGCCGCGCGAGAAGCGACUUUUAGAUUCCUCUCAGAUUCUCACGUGUGUCAUUAGAGGGUUCUGCGGAACGCUAGCUAUACCUGCUACCGUUAAUGUGUUAUCUUCGGUGCAAAAAACAAACCUACCAUCCAUGCUCACUCUGAUUUCCCGCCUGUCUUCUCUACGUGCGGGCACUCGAUUCAAUGCUCGCGGCAUUGAUGAUGAUGGCAAUGUUGCGAAUUUCGUUGAAACUGAAACGAUCCUCUGGAUACCUCCCGGUGUUGCCUACUCUUACGUUCAGGUCCGCGGCUCUGUGCCGAUUUUCUGGGAGCAGGCUACAGGGUUUCUACCGGGGCAACAAAAGAUUGAAGUUACUCGAUCUGUUGAAGCUUCGCAGCACGCCUUUGAUAAGCAUAUCGAAUCUCUCGAACUGGAAUAUGGCGCAGUACAUGUGGUCAAUCUCCUCAGUGAACUGAAGCCUGGUGAGGUUGAACUUUCUACGAGAUUCCGGGAGCACAUAAGGAAAAAUCUCGUUGGCCCAAAGGUAAACUUUAAUAAGUCACCAGAUAGUGCGCUAUUGCGAACAACAGAGUUUGAUUUUCAUGCGGAGGCUCGGGGCCCUCUGGGAUAUGGAGCCGGAGGCGAAAUUAAACAUGAGCUCAUGCAUUCUCUCAAUGGCUUUGGAUAUUUUCUUUCUGAGAACGUGAAUAGGAGUGGUCCCGGGAACACCUCCGUCAUCCUGCAACAGGAUGGUAUUUUCCGGACUAAUUGUCUAGAUUGUCUUGACCGGACAAAUAUUGUGCAGACCAUUAUUAGCUCAUUAGCUCUUGAAUUGUUUUUGCUACAGGAAAACGGCGUGCUGAGCUUUGAAGUUCAACUUCGACAUUCAACAAUAUGGGCUGAUAACGGAGAUGCGUUAUCCAAAAUCUACGCUGGCACCGGUGCUCUCAAAAGCUCAUAUACACGACACGGGAAAAUGUCACUCGCAGGCGCUCUGGCUGAUGCCCGUAAAACUGCCACAAGGCUGUAUAUUAAUAAUUUCUCUGACAAGGCUCGCCAAACGACGAUAGACCUAUUGCUAGGUCGCCUACCAAAACAGAUGCCUGUGCACCUUUACGAUCCGAUUAACGAUUUGAUCUCCGGCGAGCUUGAUCGAAGGGCAGCAGAAUUUACUUCCAGGAAAUCGACCAACAUCUGGACCGGAACCUUCAAUAUAAAUGGUCGUGUCCAAGGGCCAGAUACAGACUUGAGCCCUUGGCUGUUUCCUGAAGCCCAUGAUCAUGACUCAGAUCCGACCAUUUUUGCUGUUGGGUUUCAAGAGAUUGUUGUAUUGAGUCCCCAGCAAAUAAUGUCAACAGACCCUACAACCCGCAAGUCCUGGGAGUUUGCUGUCGGAGAUUGUUUGAACACACGCGCAACUGCAAGAGGGACACCGAAAUACGUUCUUUUGCGGUCAGGCCAACUCGUUGGGGCGGCCUUAAUGAUAUACGUCCGGGAGGAUAUCCUCAAGGAUAUAAAAAAUGUUGAAGGCAGUGUAAAGAAGACUGGGCUCUCCGGCAUUGCUGGCAACAAAGGGGGUUGUGCUAUUCGGUUUGAAUAUUCUAAUACUAGGCUUUGCUUCGUAACAGCUCAUCUGGCGGCUGGCUUUGCAAACUAUGACGAGCGGAAUAAUGACUAUGCAACCAUUCGUCGAGGACUCCGCUUCCAGAGGAAUCGAUCUAUUGAGGAGCACGAUGCCAUUAUAUGGUUAGGGGAUUUCAAUUAUCGAAUUGGUCUUCCCAAUCAGGCUGUUAGGGACUUGGUGCAGCAGGCCAGUUAUCAGAGGCUUUAUGACAAUGACCAGCUAAACCUACAAAUGCUGGCAGGAAGAGUAUUUCAAUUCUAUAAUGAAGGUCUCGUCACCUUCCCCCCAACUUACAAGUAUGACGUUGGCAGAGACACUUACGACACUUCGGAGAAAGCGCGCAUCCCCGCGUGGUGCGACAGGAUUCUAUGGAAAGGUUCCAACCUUCGACAGCUCAAUUACAACGUUUCAAACAUGCUCCUUUCCGAUCACCGUCCAGUGUGGGCUAGCUUUGCAUGUACGAUCAAUGUCAUCGAUGAGGCUCGAAGAGAAAGUUUGAGGCAUGCGCUCCACGCUCAACGGCGAAGUAACCCUCAGGUCCUCGAAACCCAACCGCAACCAGUGCAUACAAGCAAUGGGGAUCCUUUCCUCCUUGAACCGAUUUCUACCGGGCUUCCACCCCCUAGUUCAGAUCAUCGUAAAUGGUGGUUAGAUAAUGGUAUCCCGGUGAAAUCGUCUAUAUCUUCUCCCAGCGAAGAUCGUGUAUUGAAUACCUACCGGACUUCUAACCCGUUUUCCCCCAAGGAGAACCCUGACUGGGCUCUCAUUGCCGCGAGUCAAAUGCAAUACACGAACACUCCUGGUAUUAUCCCCAUGAAGCCCCCGGUUCCGCCCAGAAGUUUAACAGCUCCAGUGGCAUAUCGAAAUCAACCACAUAGCGCGCUGGAGGCAAAAGGGAACGUGCAUAAAAACGCACCGCCGGUGCCGCCGAAGCCCAGCUCACUCGUUUCGGAUCAAAGUUCCACUAUCCAGAACCGAUCCCAAAAUGGGGGUGCUACUCUUCCAGGUCCUGCCACAAGACGAUCCCGCCAGUCAUCGUUGACGAGUGGGCUACUUGACGAUAACGUUAGCGAGGAAAUCAGUUGGAAACCUCUUGUUCCUCAGUAG